AUGGCUGCCUCCGAAGCCGAUGUGAGGUCUCAGGGACCCGAGUCACAGUCACAAGAUCCCAACAACAUCAUUGUCACACAGCCAGACGAGAAGAAGGACAUCGACAGCACCCCCGACAAGGCGAACCCAGGUGUACACUUCGCCCCCACCGUUGAGGAGAUCGCUCCCGCGGCCCCGACGUCGACGAUCUCGAACCCCGCCCACGAAAACACUGAUGCCAUUUCAGAGGUCAUGUCGGAUCAGCUCAAGGAGCUGACCACAUCGCUGCAAGCCACGAAUCUUCAGGGCCGGCGCCUCAGCCGCUUCGCCUUUGACCCCUACUCGUUGCCCGCCUCGAGGGUCCCGUCUCAUGAAGACGAGUCCGCUGGCUCGACGCGCUUGCCAACCCCGAGCCGAGGAUCGCCCCAUUUGGGUCCGGCAGUGCAGCAAAUGCAGUCUCCGCCUUUGACGCCUUCGGGUACCGAUGCUAUCGCCAAGGGUAAAAGCACCACUGGCAAUGACACGGCUGCUAUAACGCCGCAGGCAUCUACCUCACACGACGGCACAUCCCCUCAUUCCGCUCGAAGGGGAACAGCUCCCCGUUCAACUUCCAGCGACCAGGUUCCACAAGGCGGAGACCAUGGCGAUGAUACACAUCAAAGGUCGCAUCGUCGCGGUCUGUUCGAUAUCGGACCUGGAGGCUCGACGCCCGUCUCGCGCGAAUCUAGUCCUUCUCGCGCUUCACAGUUCUACUCGAAACCCUUGACGCCUCAAGGAGACGCGAAUGAUCCAUAUGCCGCCAACAAGCGUCAGCCGCUGAACAAAUUUACCGAUCGAAACAACGUCGAGUCGAGGUUCCAGUUCAGUAAAAGGAAGCCAGGGCAACACUCUCCCUCGAGCUCAACCACUAGUCUCGUAAACAACGACAAACGUCACUCGACACUCUUUGGUGGCCGCCGGCACCAUCGAGAAGAGAUACAGGACAGUGAUUCGGCCAGCAUGCAUGCCAAGCAGGGUUCUUUCGCAGAUCUGAAGAGAUUUUUCAAAAAGGGCAACCACCACAAGGCAAAGAGAGACCCUUCGCAAACAAGCCAGAGCUCAGGUACUCGGACGCCCCCAGCCUCGCGGUCCGGACCACAACGACAGCCGUUUGGCGAUGACCAUGGCUUGAUAUCAAAGUAUGGCAAGCUGGGCAAGGUUCUCGGUUCCGGAGCUGGCGGCAAAGUCAGGCUUAUGAAGCGCCACGACGAUGGAGUUGUGUUCGCGGUGAAGGAGUUCCGGGAACGUUAUGGGUACGAAACCCAGAAAGAAUAUGUUAAGCGAUUGACGGCAGAAUUCUGUGUCGGGUCGACCCUCCACCACGGCAACAUCAUUGAGACGCUCGAUAUCUUGCAAGAGAAGGAGCGCUGGUACCAAGUGAUGGAGUAUGCCCCUUACGACCUCUUCGCCAUUGUCAUGACGGGCAAGAUGAGCCGCGCCGAAAUCACCUGCUGCUUCUUGCAAAUUCUGAAUGGCGUCACGUACCUCCACAGCUCGGGUCUGGCGCAUCGCGACCUCAAAUUAGAUAACGUUGUCGUUAGCGACAAGGGCAUCAUGAAGAUUAUCGAUUUUGGUAGCUCUCACGUCUUCAAAUAUCCAUUCGAGAGCAGUAUCAUCAAAGCUACUGGCAUCGUUGGAUCCGACCCUUACCUGGCACCCGAGGUACUAACUGGAGGCAAGUACGACGCAGAGGCUGUGGACAUUUGGUCGCUCGCGAUUAUCUUCUGCUGCAUGUCUCUGCGUCGGUUCCCGUGGAAGGUCCCGAAAAUGACGGACAAUUCAUUUAAGCUCUUUGCUGCUGAGCCCACGCCUGGACACGACCCUAAGAAGCUAGUCCUGCCAUCGCGGUCCAUGAACGACCUCUCAAACACCCCUGCACGAGACUUCUUCGGCGGCGAGGAAGAGGAGCACGAAAGGAAACACCACCAUCAUCACCACCAUGGUCACUCUCGCCACACAUCGCGUACUGAGGGAGAUGUCGCUGCGGAAGCCAACAACAAUGGUGACGCACCACCAUCAGAGAAGCGAGCUGCAUCACCUGAACCUGCCAAGUCGGAGACCGCGCCAAAGCCGGCCACGAUCCGAGGCCCGUGGCGCGUGCUGCGUGUCCUUCCCAGGGAGAGCCGGCACGUCAUCAGCCGCAUGCUCCAGGUUGACCCGAGGGAGCGAGCCAAGAUGGAGGAGAUAUUGAAAGAUCCUUGGAUUGGUAAUAGUGAUAUUUGCCAGCAAUUUGGACCUGGCGGCGAAGUCAAGCUGGCUGAAGGCCAUACACACAUUCUAGAGUUCCCUCAGCCGCAACCCGGGAAUUAG